AUGCCUGAGUGGCAGCCAGCGAAUGCUGAUGUCUCAAGGCCAGAGAAUACCGUGGUGCUCUCGAGGCAGCCUUUCGAGCCGAUCACCAGCAGCUUACAGGCAUGCAGCGCCAGACUCUUGCGGCUUGUUUGCAGUCCUGGCGAAUGUGGGCAAUUACUUCUUGCAGCGGAGGCUGCUGGCUGGCAGCGGAGCCAGCCUGCAAGUCCAAGAGAGAGUGCAACCAUUUCGGCCAGCGACUUGCUAGUUGAACAAAUGAUGCAACGCCUGAGGCCAUGGGUUCCAGAGGAAUGCUUGGGCAACCAAUUCUGGGGCAUGGCGAGACAGUGGACCUUUGUAAAACUUCAGCCUGGUCAGUCCAUUUGCAUCAGCAACGAGGGUCAUACAGCGCAUCCGAUGUCAAACACCAUGCUGUCGACAUCCGUGCUCAUUCCGUUGAAUUCGGCAGGAGCACAAGUCGAUUUCAAGCUUGCCCGCAAUAACCAGGUGCCCGGCGAGCCUUGCGCUGUGGAGCAGGGGUCAGCCAUUCUCCACAUGCAUCCACAGCAUUUGAUGGAGGUCUGCACGCCAAGCCGCAUCUUGCAUGUGUUAUGGCUGCAGCUGCGGUACGGAAUCGAAGAAAAGUCCAGGCAGUUGGGCAGAAGUGUUCUGAGCAGUUCCUCACCAGGGUGCGCUCCUAUCUUGGUGGCGCCGCCGCCUGCAGUGCCAGUCCCGCCUGCGGUGCCUGUCGAGGCUCCUUCUAUCGAUCCAGCCUGCGAACGCGUGGUUGGCAGCCCUCACGUUUGGGAGCCCGGCGACUAG